GUGGUUUGUGGGAAUUGAACACAGUGAAGAGAAAGGAAAUGGCGAUGCUAGGAGGUUUUAGUGCUACACAGCACAAAAAAAACGUCUCCGACACGAACGGCGAUGUAUCAGAAUUUCUCUGCCCUGUUUGUCUCGAGAUAUUUGACAGUCCAGUCACAACACAGUGCGGCCACACGUUCUGCCAGACUUGUUUGCAGAAAUGUUUGCGUCCACAGAAACCCGCGUGUGCUGUGUGCCGAGCUGCGCUAGGCCAUUGCACAAAAGCUGUAGAGCUUGAGGCCCUCAUCCAAUCAUCUGUAGCGGCGUGCAAAGGGUGUGGCGCUCAGGUUGGUCUUUCUCAGAUGAGAACUCACACAGGAGCUUGUCCAAAAUACCAGGAGUACAUUGAGGAAGGAGUUAGGACCACUGCUCAAAGCCAGCCUGCUAUCAUCAGUCCGGUGCCAAAUCGUUAUACUUUUACCUGCCCUUACUGCAACUGCCAGAAUCUUGAUCAAGACGGCCUGGUUGAGCACUGCACUACCCAGCAUGCCCGCGAUUCACGCCAAGUGGUUUGCCCCAUUUGUGCUUCGAUGCCUUGGGGGGAUCCAAACUACAGGAGUACUGACUUCUUCCAGCAUCUGAAGAUUCGACACACGUUUUCAUAUGAUACUUUUGUUGAUUACUCCACUGAUGAGCACACGAUGAUACAGGAGGCUUUACAGCGCUCCCUUCUGGACAACUGAAGUGUGAAAAACACUCCUAAGGAGGAAACGGAGGAUCGAGAUGUGAUUUUUUUUUUUUUUUUUUUUUUUUUUUUUUUAAAGAAGGCAGAACAGCACGCUUGUAUUGUCAUUUGUUAGUCAUAAUAUUGGUGGAUGACUAAUGAGUUUCAGAAGAGAUUGUACCCUUGAAUAUAGAGGUUUGAUAUGGUAGGAAUAAACCAUGCACCACAGUGGAGCAUAUUGUCAGAUUUAUAGGUGUUUGUUUUAUUGUCUCAAAUACUCCUCUCCAUUGCAACCUGUUUAAUAUUUACUCAUCACUAAAUCAAUUCAUUAGUUGAUAGCAAAGUGAUGAAACGGUCUUUUUUCAGUCUUACAGUUCAGUAACACCAUCACGAACCUGACUGAACGGAAGAUUAAUGUUAAUAUUUUAUGGGAAUCCCACACUGAGCGUGGUUCACAGGGUAGAGGGAGGGUGUUGUCCCAUUUAUUUAUACGUUUUGUCCUACUACCCUGGCGUAUAAUGUGUUCAUUUUACAGAUUUUUUUUAACACAUCUGUGUAUAAUCUGUGUUCCAGAAAGGAAAAAUGUGUGGGUCAAACCCAAUUUUUUCCCCCUCAAAUUUAUAGUUCUUUUCUUAUGUAUCUGUUGUCUAUGUGCCUGAUGGUAGAUCUUUCUUAUCCCCCAGUUUCUCAAAUCAUAGGGCUAAUGGUUCAUGGAACAAAUAAUGCAAGUGUGCUGUACUGCAGCCACCUCAGUGAUUUUUAUGUGGCUAAUCUUUUUGCAUGUAUUUUGACCACUGGAGGGCAGUAGCAUCCUAGCCUUCCUCUGGCAGCCGCUUUGGACAGUUGAUACUGUACUACUGUACAUACAUGUGCUCUACUGUACUGCUGCUCUUCAAAUUAUUUGAAGUAGUAUGACUACAAUUUACGUACAUGAGCAGUUCUCGGUCAUAGUCAAGCAGAAUAACAACCGCCCCACUUGUAAACGAUUCACAGGAGAUCAAAUGUAUCUUAUAUUUAGUUUUGUAUGUCAUGUUCCCCAUCUAGUUGCUCCGGAUGCACUUCAUCACUGUUGACUGUUGAAAAUUUGAAGACAAGCAGACAGUUUAAAGGCCAGUCUCAUUGCUUCCUUAAAACGGCAGCAGAUUGUUACACAGCUAUUUCACAUAAUGGCAAUAGUGUGUUUGUGUUCACUGUCAUUGUGUUUUUCUUUGCCAAACACCAGUGUUUUACAUUGACAUGUACUAUGAACAAAGACGUUAUACUUAUGCUGCACAAUAAACCCAGAUGGAGUA